AAUUGUCCUCUUGCUCCAUCUUAGAGGAGAAGCAACUCCAAACACAACUAAUUAUAAACAAAUUCCAUUACCGAAGACCUUGUGUCCAUCGAAGAGACACCAUCGGUUCCUUACAUGUGAGCUCGCCCUCCAAAGUCUCCAGUUGCGGUUGCGAUUUGUUCUUUUGGCAUCGUUGUCUCCAGUGUUCUCGGAUUCGUCUGGAGAACACGGAGGUCGAAUAAGCAGAAAGCAGAUAGCGGAGAGAUGGUGAAAGGGAAGAUCGUGAUCCGGAAGAUCAACUGCUCGAAGAGCCGGCAGGUGACUUUCUUCAAGAGACGAACGGGGCUAUUCAAAAAGGCGAAGGAGCUCUCCAUUCUGUGCGAUGCGGAAAUCGGGUUAAUCAUCUUCUCCUGCACCGGCAAGGUUUAUGAUUUUGCCAGCACGAGCAUGAAGUCAAUACUUGAGAGAUAUGGCAAGGUGAAGCAGGAGGUAAAUAAUCUGCCAUGCAUGUCUGCUCUUGAAAUGCAGUCAUUACGAUCGGAGACCGCAAGCUUGAAGCUAGAGAUAAGCAGGCUGCAAGAAUCUCAAAGGCAUUUAAUGGGACAAGAGCUUAAAGAAAUGAGGCUUGAAGAGUUGAACGAUCUGGAGGCCAAGUUGGACACGGGUCUAAAGAAUGUUCGUGCACAAAAGGAUCAAAUUUUCAAGGAAGAAGCAACAGAGCUAAAGGAAAAGACUGACCGAAUCGAACAAGAGAAUAUAGAGUUGCGGAGGAAGUUGAGCGAAAUCAUGAUUCAGAACAACACAAAACUAAAGGGAGAGCAGGGCCAAGCCGACACUCGAACGAGGACGAGUCUCGGUCAAAAGGCUGAGGACGCCUCAUGGUCCCACCGAAUAAUUAAGGCCUUUACCGGCAGAGGAUCCUAUCAAAAGCAGCACUAUAUUACUGGGAAAUAGUGCUUCGAGUGCAGAUGAUCAGGAGAAUACAAAUGUGCCCGUCCUUAAUCUCAGCCUAUGCCCCCCAGGGCAAUAGGCCGGUACCACAUAUAUGUAUGUAUAAUAUAUAAAAUUAUAUAUUAUAUAUACGUAUGUAUCUCCAAUGUUUUUAAUUCAAUGCAGUGCGGUUGGCAAACACACAGAUCUCAAACGGGAAAUGACGUUUGUUUGUCAUUAAUUUGCUCUAACCGGUGCUAAUUUAUAACACUGGGGCAUCAACCGAGAGCGUAUCAGGUUAUUAGUUAGCAAGGGGAACAGCAACAAUAGAUCAGUACGUCUUUGAAUUGAUAAGAAAAACAUAUAUCGUGAAGGGGACUAAGUGCAGUGGCACAAGUCUCUGGCUCGGAGCCAUAAGGUCCCGGGUAGUGUUGCUCUUUUUUUGCUUUUUUUUUUUCCUGUCUUUCUCUUUGUGUUGUGCUGGUCGAUCAGAAUUGUUCGAUCAGGGGUUUGGUUCUCUGUGCCACUUGUGAAAUUAUGUAUGUGGACUACUCACGUACGAUCAAUAAAACCUAGAACUAGGUAGACGCUGUUUAAAAAAAAAAAAGUUUAAUCUUGUUAGAUAA